AUGGAUGAAGCGGAGAGGAAGGAGAAGGAGAAGCCAUUCAAGGUAGAUGAUUCAAGCACAUUGUUGACUGAUGCUUCAGUUUCCAUUGAAGACCUGUCAGGUUUGGAGCAGAUGUUGGACACAAUUCUUGGUCGGCUGGAUGAGACAGAUUUGAAGGCUAAGCUAGCCUUGUCAUCUGACUAUAUAAUAGAUGACCUUGGAGUUGUGGAGAAGGACAUGAUGGCAGCUGGAAUCAGCUUCCGUCUUAUUGUGCAAGACAUUCCAGCUGUGCCAGAUGAGUUAAAGUACAUGAGGACAGCCGAGGUUACAGUAGGACCAGUGGGUGGAGAAGUGGAGAUUCCUGGUUUUGCCAAACUUUCUGCAGCACGAGGCAUCCUUCAGGAAGACACGAUGGUUACCAUCUCCACAGUAGACAUCCCCAGCAUCUUAAGAGGCCCCGAAGGUGUCAACUGGAUCUCCGGCUACCCCUGGUCCCCGGGUGAGGACACUUGUCCACAAACCCUUCCUACCAAAACAGCGCAACCUGAAACUGAGCCAGGUGACAUCACACCUGACUCCAAUGUGAACGGAUCUGGGGGCAAUAAACCAGUGGUGCUUCUGAUCAAUGAUGGAUACAGCGUCUCCGCCAUAAAUCGCCAGAUGGCAGGCUUUCUUGUCUCUGAAGGAGCAGUGGUCUACAGUUUAGUCUUGGGUGCCACAAAGGAGGAUGAGGAGGAUGCAGCUGCUGAUGGUGUUCGGCUGAUCUUACCAACAACGUUCGAGGGAGACGAGAGAGCGCCCACACUAGCUUGGCUGACCUGGGACCACAUGAGCCGUUAUCCUGAACUCCCCUCAGACAUAAACUUUGUCGUCGGCCACGUUAAUAUCACAAGUCAUGCAGCAAGACAGAUCAAGGAGAAUCGCCUUCCUGGCUCCAAACUCGUCCAGGUCACUCACGUGAUCCCGGAAGAUACCAGCAAGUACAAGGGCGAUGCGAAGGUGCUAAGGAUCGAGAGGGAGAGUGCUGUCAUUUUGGAGGACCUACUACAUGCCGAUGUGAUAUUCUCAAUAGGCCCACAUAUCUAUGACUACUACAAAAGUCAGACAAGAGAGUUGAAACCGCAUCACGAGUUUUUGCCCAGGCCAUCUGACAUCUUCAACAAGCUGCAAGUGAAACACGUCGACACUGAGACAAAAGUAGUUCUGUCUAUCGGCAGGGUCAAGGGCGUGGAGAGGGAGAAGGGCUACGAUCUUGCGGCAAAGACCAUGAACAUUGUGAUUGAGCAACUGCCCAACACAAAGUGGCGAGCCCGUGGUGUCAGUGCUGAAGAUUUUCCGGAGAGCAAGGCUGUCAUCCAAGCCAAUGUGAAGAACGACAAAUUCAACUUCACUCCACUAAAGUACGCAACGCAGAAAGAGCUGAGCGAAGACAUGCAGAAAGCUGACGUCGUUCUAAUGCCGUCACGUGCAGAGCCAUUCGGACUUGUCGGUCUCGAGGCUAUCGCUGCAGGAAUCCCAGUUCUGGUUUCCCACAAGUCUGGUCUUGCGUGGUUCUUGAAAAGUCAAGAUCCCGGGUUCGACCGGCUGAUUGUAGAGAUCCCAGAUGAUGACGACGAGGCUGUCAAGACACUGGCUAAGCGCGUCAUUGCUGUUUUGAAGAAUGGAAGUAGGGAGUUUGAAGCUUCAAGAAGGUUGAAGGAGAAGCUGUUGGCCUCGGAAUACUGGAAUGAAUCACACAGAGUGUUCCUGAAAGCAUUUGGUCUUUAGGGACGCUUAAAGUUACUUACAGGGCGCGGUGGACCUCUUUAUAAGUAAU